AACACCCUAAUUUUUGCCGUUGCUUAGAAAGACAGACGCCGUCGUCCGUCAAAAUAAGAGAAUUUAACAUAUUUCUUCUGUGCGUGUCUUGUUUUGUUCAAAAUCAGGACGUCAGUGUUGAAAUCAUUGAUUUUUCAUUCAAAUACUGCCUACUAACCAGCAAUGAGCGAUCCAUCAUCGAAUCUUAGAAAAAACAAGAAGACACCAUUGCCGGGUGUGAAGCAAGCGCAUGGGCAAAGGGCUGUACCAUUUAGGAGUCAACCAGCUGACUUUCUGGCUCCAUCUGACUUGGAUGACUUUGAUGAUGUUCUCAGCCGUACCUCAUCCAGACUCUCCUCAUCGGGUAACAAGGGUGAUCUUGGGUCAAUUCAGAAGGGCAAUCAACUCCCAAAGAUAACUCAGAAAGACAAGAAAAAUCCCCCUUCUGAUAUUGAUCUGAUGUCAAGUAUGAUGGGCCGUAUCUCCAAGCUUGAGCUUCAAGUCAAGUACUAUGCCAAGGAAAUCAUUGAAAAGGAUAAGAAGAUUAAUAUAUUGGAGGAAAAGAUUGGCUUGAUGAGAAAGUAUCAGGAUGAACCUGACAUUGAGUCGCAGAGAGUGAAGGAAUUGGAGAGAAAAUGUCAGAGUUUACAGGAACAGAUUCAAGAUAUGGAGGACUUUUUAUCUGAUUACGGCAUGGUAUGGGUAGGGGGUACCCAUGAAGAAGAUGAAGCUAAGAGUGCUAAGGUGGAUGGACUGUAUCAAGAGAUUGAUUCUGGUAUCAAGAGCCAAGAAGUCUGGAGACCAGGCUCAUCAUUUGUGUCUUCAGAUGACUGCGUACCAAACUUUGACCUGCUCCUCAAGAAUAUCAAAGAAUUAAAUAUUUUAGCGAGAGAAGGAGAGAAGAAGAUUCAGCAUACUGUUAGUGGAGCCCGUUUCAAGACGGUUGAAAGUAUCCCUCUUACUCUCUAUGCUAACGGGAUCUUUAUGUUCAAUGGACCUUUCCGUUCUUAUCAAGACCCUGAAACACAGCAAUGCAUGGAAGAUCUUAUGGAAGGUUAUUUCCCAACUGAACUGCAGACAAGAUACCCUGAUGGUGUACCUAUCAAGGUGGAUGAUCAGAGAGAUGUUGUAUUUAAAGACCAAAGAGAUCGUGAGUUCUUUCCUGGUACUGGUUUGACUGUGGGUGGAUGCAAUGAUGGACCAUCCAGACUGGUACCUUCUAACCUUGAUAAAGCAACCAGUAUGAACAGUAGUGGACCACCAGUGAGUCAGGAACAUUCACCACUCAAGUUGAGAGAAACAAGCAAGCCACCAGUUGAUCCUUUAUCAGUUGAUCAGUUCCUUGGUAAGCUUCAUCCUGUUGUAUCAUCAGAUGGUAAGGUCAUUGAUGUCAGGUCUUCCGUUGCUGAUUUACUCAAGGAGGAGACUAUACCCAAUGCUGUGACAGUAGUAGACACACCUAUAGUUCAGGGUAUUAAAGAGAGAGCUAUGUCGGGCAAGGCAGGUCUAUCAAAUCGACCACUCUCUGCAAGGUCAUCCCCAAGGAGUGAUGUCGCCACGCUGCGUGUCAAAUCAGAGAGUGGUGAUCAUACUUUCAUCUUGAAGUUGAGAUUUACAGACACCAUAGGGGAUCUCAGGAUGCAUCUUGAUAAACAGAGGAAACCGCAAUCCCGGGACUACAUACUAGUUACAACAUUCCCUAAUAGGACAUACACCAAACUGGAUGCAACACUUGAGGAGAGCUGUUUGACACCAAACGCCACCGUUUUGAUGAAAUUAAACAGAUAAUACAUUAUAUCCUACUUGCCUUUAUAUAUUUUGGAGAUGAACUAUGACACAAUGAACACUGAAAGCCAGUGGAUGGAUUUAAUGCCAAAAGUCUUUCUUGUCUUCAUUUAACUGGAUAAAAAUUGACAGUGAAAAAGGAGCAUAUGGAUAAGAUAAACUGAUGUAUUGUGAUGAAGCUGAAGUGGAAACAUUACCAGAUCUUAUGAUUUAAUUUGAAGGAAAUAUUCUACACCAUUGAUUAGGGGAUUGACACCAACUGUAGCUUAGAAUCUCUUCACAGAAAGCGAGAAGAACAAAGGAAUAUACAGAUUUUUAGGGAAAAUGCAAUAUUUCAGGACAGAAUAAACGAGAUACCAAAAAAGCAGUGAAAAUCAUGGUGGAGGGGGGGAAUGGAUGAAAAAAAAUUGACUGCAAAAAAACCCCAAACCAAUGUGUUGUGAUGAAGAAUAGAAAAGUCGAUAGAAGUUGAUAUUGUCCAAAAAAAAAACUUCCUUAACUAGUAAAAAAUCUAUUAAUCACACCUUUUCGGAGUGUUUAAGAUUUGUUCACCAAUUUCUGUAUCUGCAUACUUGGGCAUUUACAUGCAUGAGGCAAAACUACCGUUUAAAGGAUACAAACCCCAGUUUCAAACCGUGAAAAACCUAAAUCACCCCGGACCAUAUUAUUUCAAUAUCUAAACAUGUGUUUCUUGACCUUGACGGGUCCGAAAAGAACUAAACCGCAAUUGCAUACGCAGCGUGACUAUUCCAGCAAACUCGCUCGCCAGCGCAUGCAGUCAUUUUUAUUCUCUUUAAUAGUUUCCUUUAUUUCUGGGUCGAUUUUCUUUGUUCGAAAUUGAAAACAAAUUAACAUCAGAUUUCAAAUUACAAUAUGCCUUUGAAAACUUGAUUAAAGGGGAAUGAAACCUUUGGAACAAGUAGGCUUAUGUCGAAACAAAAAAAUCAAAGAAUAAGAACAAAGAAAGAUUGAGAAAAAUCGGACAAACAAUGAGAAAGUUAUGAGCAUUUGAAUAUUGCAAUCACUAAUGCUAUGGAGAUCCUCCAAUUGGCAAUGUGACAAGGAUGUGUGAUGUCACAUGUGAACAACUUUCCCUUUGACGUACUAUAAAAUACCCUCAAAAUGUCUCUUUUGCUUUUACUUUAUGGUAAUACAAACUCUUUAUCCAUGAUGUAUUCUUUUAAAAAUCUGUAUUACAUGGCCUCCUAUAGAAAGAACACAAUGAUCUAUUGAUAGAUGUGAUAAAAGAGGCAAUUUAUGUGAAAUAUAUACUAAAGUAAUGGGGGAGUUGUUCACAAGUGACAUCACACAUCUUUGUCGCAUUGCAAUUUGAGGAUCUCCAUAGCAUUAGUGAUCACAAUUUUCAAAUGCUCAUAACUUUCUCAUUAUUUGUCCGAUUUUUCUUAAACUUUCGUUGAUCUGUUUCUUUGAUUUUUCUGUUUUCACACAAGCUAUCUUAUUCCAAAGGUUCCAUUCUCCUUUAAAUAUCAAAUACAAUAAUUUCAUUCCGAAUGGCCUACUACAGGCAGAGCUGCUCUUACGUUAUAUCGCAGCUGCUGUUUAUUGUCUAACCCUGGCUCAACGAUCAGGCUUGUCUGCGGAAGUGAAAUGUUACAUAAGAGGGAUUGAAUUGGUCAUGCUGGGUUGAAAUAGCUUCAAAAUGAACUAUCUUGGAUCCUCUAACAAAGUUUUUGUUAGUGGGGUAUAAACCCAGUUCAGGGCCUGAACUGUGGACGUCUACCCAACGAGGGUGUGACUUAAUGUACAAAAUACCAAUUGACAUUUUUUUAAGACUUUCAUUAUAUUACAUUGCUAAUAUUUUUAACAUGCUAUUUAUAACACCAGAGAACACUAAAUUUGCAUUUCAGAAAUCUGAAAAAAAAUGAGACCACUGCCGAUGGUUGUUGGAGGCAUUAUAUUUCCAGGUUGUCUGUCCGUCCAGUGUUUAUUCUUGUGGUAAGUCAAUUGAUGUCACACUUACUGUUCCACUCAAACAAGUAUGUUCCAAGUAUGCAGAUAGGAGUGAUAAUGAUCUGAGUAGUUUGAAGGAUUUCAAGGCCAAAGGUCACAUUUGUCAUUAUUAUAAACAUUGAAAUAUCUUGUUUUUUUUUUUAUAUUGGAGGAAUGAUAUGAUUAAAUUUUGGGCUCAAAAUGUUAUUGUUUGAAGUUCUGCAAAGGCGGAUCGAGGCAUAGAUUUUCACUGCGUGCAGCCGGGAAUCCAUCUCUUUCUAAUGAAGAAACAGAUUUACACCGAAAUGUCCUUCUUGCCACCGUUCAUGUGAAUGAAAAAUAUAGAUACUGGAAGUAAGUGGUUCAGGGGGCUAUUGCAUAACAGAGAUUAUUGUAAUCAUCCAAUUACUGUUGAGCAUUGUUACCAUGGUUAUUACUAUUAGAUGACAAAGUUACAAUAAAUGUAACUGCUAUGGUGUCCAUUGGUCAAUGCAUUUUUUUAAUUAGGGGGUUAGAUUCCUUCUCUUCCUUGCCACAAAAUUUGACAAGCAAAAAAAUGUAAUAAAACAAAUGGUCAUAAAAAAAAAAUUGUUGGACAUUCCGUCCCAGAGAAAUUGUUUUCCUUCCCUAUUUUGAUUGCUUUGGAAAAUUUGGGAGGUUCGAUCAACCCCCCCCCCCCCCCCUGGCUAUGGGUUUGUUCUACGAACUGAGUCAACACACCGGUCAAACUCCAAACGGUGACGUCAUAUGUAAGCAUCUUUUUUGAGUGAGAGCUUAUCGAUGUUUGAAUCUUUGGAGGUGGGGCAUUAUUGACAUAUCAUUUAUUCCAUGUUACCCUUGCUUUUUAUAAUAUACAUGUAUGUUUUACAUUAUGAAAUGCCUAUUAUAAGAUUAUUUAUUAAUAUUUUAUAUAAUUGAAUUGUGAAUGUUAUUGUAAAAAAAAAAUCUUUAGAGCAACAAUGCAUUUAAUGUUUUACUUUCACAUGUGGUGUAUUUACUUAUUAAAAAAAAUUAUAAGCAAUAUUUUAAUCUAAACUCAAAGCUUUGAUUUAGGCCUAUUCUUGAUUGUUCUGCUGUGAUUACGUUUGUUUCUGCUGAAUGCCUCUAUACAUAGAAACUAUUUGUUUGCGUGGGUUAAAAAUGCUUGUAUUCACUCGGGCUGGUAUACAAUUCAAUACUUCAGCCAGAAUUAUAGUAUCUUACCAAGUAUGCUGCGAGUAUAAUGCUAGAUAAUUUACUUAGUUUAUCAGUGUUCUGAACUGACAGGUCUUUCUACAAGAAGUAGGUCUACUUCUUAGAUACAUGUAGGCUAAACCCAUUCAAUCUACUAUCAGUUUGAUCUAAUUGACAUUUGGUACAUACCGUACUAUAAACAUUUGUUUGAAUGUCUGCUUAUUCUAAUUCCCAUUUAAUGGUCUAAUCUCCACUCUUCUAAUUAUUUUGCAUUAUUCAACUGAAAAAAUGAUGUAUAAACAGCUCAAUUAAACCAUAUAGAUUAAAAUGGUGAUUAUAUUACACAAAAUUGUUAGAGGCAAAGUGGUAAAUAUGACGCUAAAUGGCAAUUUGUAGACUAAAUGACUGAGAUGAACUUCUAAAGGACCAACGAUAAGACCAUGUGGGAUGCGACAAAACGAAAAGAAGAUGAGAGUUUUGAGCAAUUUACCCUUGCCUGUGAUUUGUAUGUAGAUCCAUUUUAUUGAAAAAUCUGGCAUGUGACAUAUCUCUACUUUUAUUUUAUCAUGGGUAAUACUGGGAAUGGUCAACUUAUGAUUAAUUAAAGGUUAAGAAAAUGCUUAUUAAUUGUUCACUGUGUCAAUGAAAUAAAGGAAAAUCAAUGUUGUACAACCACGUCCCAUUGUUACGAUACUGCAACAAAUAACAAUGAAAAUUUAGUUUUAAAUUUGAUUUCCUUUUUUUAUUACAGGAAAUAGAUCAUACACUAAACAAACAAAAAACCAAACAUCUUACAUGUCUUGAAGUGUCAGUUCUGAUUAUAUUCCAAAGUUAUGAUGGUCCUGUAUGAAUCCAGAUAAAAUCCAAGUUGGUUGGCAAAGAUUCCGUAGAUUAAAGUUCACAAUGAUGGCGAUGAUGAAAUUGAUGUUGAAGCACUAUGAAUAACAAGAGUCACUGUAACGAGUUGAAAUGUCCGUGAAGACGAAGUUGAUGAUGACAAACAGUCAGUUUCAGCAAUCAACAUGGGUUGAAAAGCGUUCAUUAAAACAGCUUGAUGAACUCGAUGAGAACUGAGAAUUCCUCUCUCAAACUAACUGCAAACAGUUCAAUGAUGGCGUGCAAAUAAUUCCACAGAAGAUAAAUGUUGUAUUCCAGUUUGAAAUAAAUUAUACUCUGACAUAAA